GACGCUAACAGCUCAGAAAUAAAAAGCGAACUGGCUGGCGUAAAGUCGUCCAAUGCAGCGAUACAGCAUGAAAUUGCAGGCGUGCAAACUUCGAUGUCUUUUAUAAAUGCCAACUUUGAAGGAUUUAAAACGGUGGUCAAAGAAAUGCAAAAUGAGAUAGCCACGCUAAAGCGCGAACAACUGCGAACCCGCAAAGACUGUACUGACCUAUACAAUCAGCUUUCAGAAACAAGGAAAGAACUGAUAGAGCUAAAACAGUACAGCAGACGGAGCAAUAUCGAGAUAAAGGGAGUCCCUUUGUCUCCGACCGAGUCCCUCGAUGAAAUAAUCGUAAACAUCGGCGAGAAGCUUCGCACAACAAUUGCAAGUCAGGACAUAGAUGCCAUCCACCGAGUACCGACAAAAGAUAAAACUAAAUCAAACAUUAUUGUUCGAUUCUUCGCAGACUUUGUUCGGGACGGUGUGCUACAAGCGGCGAAGAAACAGCGCCUAAAUGCCGCGGCUCUCGGCUUCCCAACAAAUGAACCAAUAUACAUCAAUGAGCACCUAUGCGUGGAAAAUAAGAUCUUGCUUGGGAAAGCCCUGCAACUGAAGCGUGAGAAAAGCUGGAAAUACACAUGGACUUCACGAGGUAGGAUUCUGAUGAGAAAAGCAGAAAACUCAAAGGUGUUUCAAAUUACCUGUGAUGACGACCUCGUACAAAUUGUGUAA